AUGACCGCCGUCUUUGACCCACAAUCCAACAACGACAUGACCACUCAUAGCAAUGGUAGCAAUAGCAGCAUGAGUGCUACGAGUACUCUUACUAGUAGUGAUGGCCAUAGCAGUACCGGUAUCCGACGAGACACUGAGAGCGGGCACCGCGUGGGACACCUACUGGGUCUGUUGGGAUAUACCCAAGUCAAGCAAGGGCAAGUGCGAAUGCGUGUAGAUAAGCUGUACCAGUCAGUAGCAACCUUUUUGGCUUGGAAGCAUUUCAAUGAGCGAGAUGGAAAAGUCUUGCCUUGGUUGCCACAGGCUCUGGAAAAAUGCGACUUUCAUUGGACCUAUCAGGCACGGGAUACCAUGCUUAAUCCAAAGAAAGCAGUAAUAGUUCUCAAAUGGGGUAUUGAAUAA